AUGAAGCGCCGGCGUUUGCUAUAUAAGCAGCCUCUUCCUGCCGCGCCGUCGAGUGAUGAGCUUGGGCAGGUGAGAACGCUUGUGAGAGACAAGUGGGUUGCCUCCUACCUUGCCGAGCAUGGACGUGGGGGUCAGGAUGCACGUGCUGCGGCCAAACGAGAGUUCACCUCAGCCGCCAACAAGCGUCAGAUGCUGAGUUCCAUGCUGGAGUCUGGGCAGGUACCACCCCGGCUUCAUGCAGCAGCCACCCGUCUAAUCAUGGCUUGGACAUCUGAGACGCCCCUCCGUGGCCCACAUGAGGUGGAGGAGGAUGUCAUGAGUUCGUACCGUGGCAGUGGGACUAUGUUUCGGUAUUCAGGGGCGUGGAGCCGUGUGGACGAUGCCGCAAUGUCGGCGGUGCUGGUUGCGAAGGGUCACAAUGGCAUUUCUGAGGUAUGCAGUCGCCUCAAGUGUCACCCCUAUGUGCAAGGAUUGUGGGACGAGUUCUCGGCCUUCAGGCAGCAGCUGGUGUCAAUCACACCUAUCACGCGCUGGACUGCAGCCAUGGAGCUACAUGUGGAAGCUUCGCUUGCGGCCAACCCUCCCAUUCCAUCGGUACACAUACAUUUUAUGUUUGAUGCCAUUGGCAAGCCCAUCUCAUUUCGAAAUGAGCCUGGAUUGAAGUUUCGCAACUCGCAGCCGUACAGGUCGCUUGCAGCACCAGUCGCCCGCGGACGGGCUUGCAAACGAGCCUAUGAUCAGGGGCACUUUUACUUGACUCCGCUCAAGACAGGUGCCAUACUCCAUGCCACAAAUGCACCACCGUUCAAGUCCUAUGCAGUGUCUCCAGAAUGGAUCACAAGCAUGUGGCAAGGGGAUAAAUUGUCUCCGGAAUCGGCCAAGGAACUCUAUCUCAAGUGCAAAAAGCACGUCAAACAGUAUUGUGACAAUGUCACAUCACAGGUCCAGAUGACCCAGCAGAGCAACUUGCAGGAACGCCAGGCUGCAGCACAGGCAGCCUUGCUCCGCAUGCAUCGUCCUCGGGUGUAUCUGGAACCAGUGGAACAAGAGUUCUUGCCUAAAUUCCAGGUGGAUGCUUUCAGACGACGCUUCUUGGUGCUGGACGGACCCACGAAGCUCGGCAAGACGAUCUUUGCCUCCAGCCUUGCAGGACCCGAACACACUCUGGAGUUGAAUUGUGCAUCGUCCAUGGAACCCAAUUUGCGGGACUUCAACAAUGAUGUUCAUCGCGCGAUCGUGUUUGAUGAGGCAUCUUGUGCCAUGGUUCUCCGGCACAAGAAGCUUUUCCAGGGUGGUGUGCAACCACUGGAACUGGCCAGCUCCAACACGAAUUGCUACUCUUACAAGGUUUGGGUCUAUGGCACGAUGAUGAUCGUCACAAGCAACACCUGGACUGCAGAGUUGCAUGAGCUGUCACCUGAGGCUUCCAAGACCACGUCAGAUUUUCUCACUUUGGCGGGCAGCUGGAAGGCUGGAGGGCUGAGGGGUGGAAGGCUGGAACUGGAGCGCUGGAAGGUGGAGGCUGGAGGGAAGGCUGGAGGGUUGGAGGAGGGGGUGGAAGGCUGGAGUGCGGGAGGGGAGGGCUAUGCGAUUGAUUGCUUGUGCUGCAUCAUGCAGUUUUCCACAGCCACUAGUUGCAUGUCUUCGAAGAAAGAUUUCUUCGUUGUCACGGACGAGAAGAGCCGAGAAGCAGCGGGAAGCCAACAUGGGAUGGAAGAGGCAGACGCAGAAGACAAGAAACGCUAUGUAGAAGAGCUUUUUGCCUUCCGGCUGGGCAAGAUGAAAGCGGCCAAGCCAGUGGAAGAUGUUUGUGCAAAGGCCGUGCUCUUCUGGCGCCACGCUGCUUGGUUGGAACGCUCCAGCGCGAAGCAGCCAGUCUACAUCAAUAUAGAUGAAACGGCUUUAGCCUAUUCGUUCCAUGCUGCCGAGGUUGCGGGACCUGAGCUUCCACGAGAGCCCGACCGUGUGGAACUGCCCCAGGUACAAGCCAAGCAGCUGAGCAAGGUGGUAAAGGUGAGAACGCUUGUGAGAGACAAGUGGGUUGCCUCCUACCUUGCCGAGCAUGGACGUGGGGGUCAGGAUGCACGUGCUGCGGCCAAACGAGAGUUCACCUCAGCCGCCAACAAGCGUCAGAUGCUGAGUUCCAUGCUGGAGUCUGGGCAGGUACCACCCCGGCUUCAUGCAGCAGCCACCCGUCUAAUCAUGGCUUGGACAUCUGAGACGCCCCUCCGUGGCCCACAUGAGGUGGAGGAGGGUGUCAUGAGUUCGUACCGUGGCAGUGGGACUAUGUUUCGGUAUUCAGGGUCGUGGAGCCGUGUGGACGAUGCCGCAAUGUCGGCGGUGCUGGUUGCGAAGGGUCACAAUGGCAUUUCUGAGGUAUGCAGUCGCCUCAAGUGUCACCCCUAUGUGCAAGGAUUGUGGGACGAGUUCUCGGCCUUCAGGCAGCAGCUGGUGUCAAGCACACCUAUCACGCGCUGGACUGCAGCCAUGGAGCUACAUGUGGAAGCUUCGCUUGCGGCCAACCCUCCCAUUCCAUCGGUACACAUACAUUUUAUGUUUGAUGCCAUUGGCAAGACCAUCUCAUUUCGAAAUGAGCCUGGAUUGAAGUUUCGCAACUCGCAGCCGUACAGGUCGCUUGCAGCACCAGUCGCCCGCGGACGGGCUUGCAAACGAGCCUAUGAUCAGGGGCACUUUUACUUGACUCCGCUCAAGACAGGUGCCAUACUCCAUGCCACAAAUGCACCACCGUUCAAGUCCUAUGCAGUGUCUCCAGAAUGGAUCACAAGCAUGUGGCAAGGGGAUAAAUUGUCUCCGGAAUCGGCCAAGGAACUCUAUCUCAAGUGCAAAAAGCACGUCAAACAGUAUUGUGACAAUGUCACAUCACAGGUCCAGAUGACCCAGCAGAGCAACUUGCAGGAACGCCAGGCUGCAGCACAGGCAGCCUUGCUCCGCAUGCAUCGUCCUCGGGUGUAUCUGGAACCAGUGGAACAAGAGUUCUUGCCUCAAUUCCAGGUGGAUGCUUUCAGACGACGCUUCUUGGUGCUGGACGGACCCACGAAGCUCGGCAAGACGAUCUUUGCCUCCAGCCUUGCAGGACCCGAACACACUCUGGAGUUGAAUUGUGCAUCGUCCAUGGAACCCAAUUUGCGGGACUUCAACAAUGAUGUUCAUCGCGCGAUCGUGUUUGAUGAGGCAUCUUGUGCCAUGGUUCUCCGGCACAAGAAGCUUUUCCAGGGUGGUGUGCAACCACUGGAACUGGCCAGCUCCAACACGAAUUGCUACUCUUACAAGGUUUGGGUCUAUGGCACGAUGAUGAUCGACAAGCAACACCUGGUUGCAUGUCUUCGAAGAAAGAUUUCUUCGUUGUCACGGACGAGAAGAGCCGAGAAGCAGCGGGAAGCCAACAUGGGUUUGAAUCCCCGUCAAGUGUUUGUCUUAUUGGCGAUUUAUGUACUUACUGGUGACCCAGCGGUGGCUCUCGAGUAUAUCAGCGCGAAGGCUGCGCGUGAAAGGAUGGAAGAGGCAGACGCAGAAGACAAGAAACGCUAUGUAGAAGAGCUGUACCUCAAAACAAGCUUGGAAGACAUAGCAUCGCUGCAGGAUCCUUCUGGUUCGCGGCAGGGCAUUUACAAGACUGCACAGCGUUGGAUUGCCAGACGAAGAACCAGAAACUUCGUGUGCAAUAUGAAUGCGAUUGGCGUGGCUCCAAGUUCAGAGCAAGUUGCAGAAGAAUAUCGCAAACAAAGUGCGUCCUCUGUACCAACUACCGAUGCCCGUGGAUUACGAGCCUGGAGCAGUCGCUUCCGUCGCAGUUUUGCCUUCCGGCUGGGCAAGAUGAAAGCGGCCAAGCCAGUGGAAGAUGUUUGUGCAAAGGCCGUGCUCUUCUGGCGCCACGCUGCUUGGUUGGAACGCUCCAGCGCGAAGCAGCCAGUCUACAUCAAUAUAGAUGAAACGGCUUUAGCCUAUUCGUUCCAUGCUGUUGCAUGUCUUCGAAGAAAGAUUUCUUCGUUGUCACGGACGAGAAGAGCCGAGAAGCAGCGGGAAGCCAACAUGGGCUUGAAUCCCCGUCAAGUGUUUGUCUUAUUGGCGAUUUAUGUACUUACUGGUGACCCAGCGGUGGCUCUCGAGUAUAUCAGCGCGAAGGCUGCGCGUGAAAGGAUGGAAGAGGCAGACGCAGAAGACAAGAAACGAUAUGUAGAAGAGCUGUACCUCAAAACAAGCUUGGAAGACAUAGCAUCGCUGCAGGAUCCUUCUGGUUCGCGGCAGGGCAUUUACAAGACUGCACAGCGUUGGAUUGCCAGACGAAGAACCAGAAACUUCGUGUGCAAUAUGAAUGCGAUUGGCGUGGCUCCAAGUUCAGAGCAAGUUGCAGAAGAAUAUCGCAAACAAAGUGCGUCCUCUGUACCAACUACCGAUGCCCGUGGAUUACGAGCCUGGAGCAGUCGCUUCCGUCGCAGUUUUGCCUUCCGGCUGGGCAAGAUGAAAGCGGCCAAGCCAGUGGAAGAUGUUUGUGCAAAGGCCGUGCUCUUCUGGCGCCACGCUGCUUGGUUGGAACGCUCCAGCGCGAAGCAGCCAGUCUACAUCAAUAUAGAUGAAACGGCUUUAGCCUAUUCGUUCCAUGCUGCGCCUGGCCUGAUACAGCGGAAAUUCCACGCAGAGGUUCAAAUUAGACCUCAAGACGCACGUGGGUGCAUCACCCACGUCGCUCUCGAUUCCUCAUGGAAUUCAGCACGACAUAUGGUCUCCUUGCUAACUCUCUUGGGUCAGCUCUUUCGCAUCCGCGUCCCGCAAUAUCAGGCCAUUGUUGUCUUCGACGCGGCCUCGUGCCAUCUUUCUCCGGGCGUCAUAAGAGAAGGACGCCUCCAGGGGUUAUUCAUGCUGCCGGUGCCCCCAGGCAUGACGUCCUACCUGCAGCCUUUAGAUUUAUGGUGUUUUGGACCAUAUAAGAAAUGGUUGGAGCGCGAAAACCGCCAGCAGCGAAUUUGCCAAAAUGGGCUCGCCUUUGCACAGGCAGGCCUUCCCACAUCCGAGCAAAGGUUGCAUGGCAAGCUUGCCUCGCUGUUCCCGGAGGGAAUUCCCAGUCUGGAGCAAGCUUUGUCUCCAGAUGAAUUUGCACAGUUGUUGCCUAAAAGGCACGACUUGACCCGGACUUUUUCUGACUGGGUGGGCGGUCCCCGGCGAGAGGUGCCGGUGCUUUCCUAA